AUGUCUCUUAUUUCGAUGAAACUUUGUGUUCUGGCAUUUGUAGCCACAGAUACAUGCAAAUAUAUUAUAAUUCUGAUUUCAGUAUUUUCUGCAUGCCCUACUAGUUGGACUCAUUAUAAAGACAAGUGUUUCUUUCUAAGCCGUGACAACGAGACAUUUGCCGAUUCACUGAGUCUAUGUGAAGUAAUUGGGCGCCAGUAUGGUAGAUCGGCAUCAUUAGCUACCGUUGAUGAUGCAAAAACACAACAGUUUCUUACAGAUUUAAUGAUCAAAAUAAAUUCCAUUGGAAUGUACAUAGGAUUAAAUGACCUUGUAACUGAAGGGGAAUUUCACUGGAUAUCAAACGGCAAGCAGGCAACAUACUUCAACUGGGGACCUACCCAGCCAAACAACAGAGGGGGGAACGAGAACUGUGUAGCUAUGAGAGUUGAUCCAGUUAUAGGUUUUAAUUAUUCUUGGACAGAUGGUCCUUGUACUGUACCAACCACAUACAUUUGUGAAAUGGUGUAAGUAUUAUAGCACACAAGUUAAUUCUAACGCAAUACAUUUAACAGUGUGCUUUUUUUUAUCUUUGCAAAAAUAU